AUGUUGCUAGAGUUGAGAAACGCUUAACAAUCAUUUGUUUUGGGAGUGGUUUUGUUUGGAAGAUUAACGCGUUUAUUUAACAUAAUUAAUAAUAAGAUAAUUACAAGGAAUAAUACAGAUUCAUUGUCUCCGCACGAUGAAAUCCUGGGAGAUACUGUUCGUGGCCCUCGCCGCAGUCUAUUUGUGCUGGCAAGUUGACUUUGUGGCCGGCCUGGAGUGCUAUGUGUGCUCCAACCAGACGGGCAACACCGAGAAAUGCCUGAACACCAUCAAGACCUGCGAGUCCUACGAAAACACGUGCGGCACAGAGAUCCGCUGGGGAUCGCAGCCCUACUUCUCCGAGGGCGCCCUGAAGCAGUACUACGUGUCCAAGCGGUGCAUGACCAAGGAGCAGUGCCAGUCGAAGCGGAAGAGGUACAUGCAGCUCUACUGCACCCACAUCUGGUACGAGGACUGGGCCUGCAACGAGUGCUGCCAGGGCGAUCGGUGCAACUACUUUGUGAUUAGUGGCGCUUCUUCAAGACAGGUGUAUGGCCUGACCCUAGCUCUGGGAAUCGCCGUUUCCGGGCUGGGACUCCGGCUCGCUCAUUGAUGCUCGCCUUGAGGGCUCACCGAAGUCACCGCAGUUUCAGUUUAGUUUUCUCAAAGUUACGUCCGUCCAUAAGCUAAGUGAUUCGGUCCACAUAAGUAGUUCAUACACGAAGUGCCUUGACCCAACAGGUUGUCGAUUCCAUCCACUAUUUUAUACAUUUUAUAAGAAACAUAAGACACACCCUACUGUACAAUUUGACUCAAUCGAAUAUUUUAUACAUGUUUGUUUUUAGAAACCAUUCCACCUUAGGCCAGAAUGCGCCCUCGAAUAAAUCGAACUUUAUUUUUACUCAAUACCUUGAUAAGGCGAGACCUUAUCAAAAUGUCCAUUAAAAGUAUCUGAUUUGAAUCUAA